AUGGCCGCGCGUAUGAGAAAUCGUACACGCGUUCGUCGCCACGAGACGGAAAUCUCCAUACACGCGUCGGCUAGCGUCAACGCGCGUAUAUUGAAAUACUAGACUUCCUAUUGCCUGUUCAGUUGGCGCGCGGCCGUUCUGGUGUUUAGUAGAUGUACCUGGUGUGUCUAACAAAAAUUUCUUUGUCACGUAUUGUUCCAAAAUGUAAACAGAAUUCAACACAGAUCUUUUCAUUGCUGAAAUUGAAAAGAGGCCUGCGAUUUGGAACAUGCAUUCCAAAUUGUAUGCAAAUAAAACAGCAAAAAGAAAUGCCUGGGAGGAAAUGGUCCUAUUUUUUUGCAAAUCGGAUAAUACUGAGGAAAAAAGAAAAUAUUAGGUUCAUCAUUACAAAAAAGUGGAAAAAUUGAAGAGAUAAAUAUGUAAGAGAAUUAAAAAGAAGUACAUUGAAGUUAGGCGCGGGUGCAUCAACCCAAAGCACACUUUGAAGUUGAGUCAUUAAUUUUCAGAUAAUGAUUGUAGAAGGAAGAUAAACCAAAAUAUGUGUGUAAAAAUUAAAAAAAAAAUAAAAAAAAAAUGUUACCUUGUUUAAUAAAGUAUCCUCCCGACAAGUAUUUUAGUGCGGAC